AUGAAGCUCCGUAAGCUAUACGGCUUGAUCAAAAAAACGUAUUAUGAAAAGAGAAAGGAUUUUGUUCUUUACUUUUUCUUUUUGUUGAUUCCGUUUCUGUUAGUAUCUUUUCAUUUGUUCCUUAGGAAUAUCAGCGACAAGUACUCCCUCGAGAUUUACAACAACUUCACCGAAAAUGAUAAAAUAGAUUUGAACGACACCAUCAGGCAGUACGUCUUAUUUUUGAGCAACGAGCUGUGCUCCAGAGAAAUCGGAGAGGACGUGUACGUGAACCACAUCUGCCUGACGCCGGACGACGAGCUCUCCAGGGCCUUCCUCGCCUACGCCGACGAGAACGACCUGAACAUAUUUCGGGUGUACAGCAAUGAGGAGGAAUGCCUACAGAAUUUAAAGUAUGCUAUUCAACUUCGAGAAAACGAUUUGGCCAACUCGAGUAGGAAAUAUGGUGAAAGGAACCGAGGCGAGAACCUGUCCCCGUUAGUGCACUCUUUUAAGAAUAAUUUGAAACGGGGCAAGUCUAUAACCCUAGAGGAGCUGUACCGAGAUGUGCACCCAGAAAAUGAGUAUGAUGUGCUGCUAAAGUUACAGUUUGAUGAGGAGACCCUUAGGGAGGUCAAAAAAACGCAGCUGUACAGGUCGUUCAUUAGGGACAUAAAAAAACUGAAAGACGAAAGUAGCCACAAUGCUUUCUUCAAAGAUGAGAGAAGAAAAUUAUUUUUUUUUAAUUUUGUUAAGAAUAACUUGGUCGAGACAAACAAAGCGUGCGGUAUGCUCGGUAUUGAAAAUGUAAGUCAUCUAGGGAAACAAAACCGCCUGCGAUUCUCCUACGUUUUCGGGAGGAAGCCCACCGGGCGCCCCGGGGGACCCCCCAAGGGGGCCAGCCAGGCGAGCUACACAGGUGAGACGAGCACAGGUGAGAAGUACACAGGUGAGAAGUACACAGGUGAGAAGUACACAGGUAAGAAGUACACAGGUGAGAAGUACACAGGUGAGAAGUACACAGGUGAGAAGUACGCAGAUGAGACGAACACAGAUGAGACGAACACAGUCAAAACGGAUAGCUAUACUAAUGAUACCAGCGUAGCAAAGGUAGUUAAUCAUAGUGAUAUGGCCAAGCCCAAUGACCAAGCGAACCAUGGAACAACCCUGCAGAAUGAGAGGAGAGACGUCAUCACGAACGUGAGUUACAAAAUCAGAGUGGGGGACUACGCACUACUGACGUCUAGUGAAAAUUAUUUCUUCAAUGACAUAAACAUAAACCUAAAGCAAAAUUUUGUUAAUUUCAACACCGUUGAUGAUUUGUCAUUAAACGUUUACUUUAACGAGUGGUACUACAGUAGCUUCUUCAUUGUGCUGGAGUACCACUUUAACUUGUUCAUGCUCAGGUAUAAUGCGCAGCUGGGGGGGCACCCCUCUCCGCGCUCCGCAGCCACAGCCGUGACUACAUCAACCGCCGCAGCCACCGACGCAGCCACAGGUACAGCCGCAACGACCGACGCCACCCCCCCAUAUAGUGCCCCCUCGCUCCACCUGAACGACUUCUUCCUGCUGAAGAUGCCAAUGAGAAGCAUGAAGAUAAACGUAUUCGACACAUUCGAAAAAAAUAUAUUUCGCGUGGUGAUGUUCCUGUGUGUCUGUCUCUUUAUCGUAAAUAUUUGUUUCGAUAUCAACAAAGAGAGGAAAGUAAAUAUGGAAAAUUUUCUUUUGUGUUUGAAGAUAAAUAAGUACUAUUAUUAUUUUUCUUGGCUUCUCUUCUACUUCAUGGUGUUGUUUUUUUACAACACUUUGUUCAGCUAUGUCAUAUAUGCAUAUAUAUACAAAAGAAUGGUAAAUUUUUUUAUCCUGUUUUUGUAUAUGUAUAUGUUUAUAUCGAAUAGCUUACUGUUCACAGUUAUUUGCAUGCACUUUUCUGAGAAUAAUGCCAUAAAUUACAUUGCUUCUUUUUUAAUAUUUUUUUUAUUUUCUUCUUUGCGUUUGAUUAUUCAUUCCGGGGUUGGGGCUGUACUGUCCUUCUUCGUGUUGUUAAUUCCUCAUGCAUCCUUCUGCUUGGCGUUAGAUUUUAUUUUUAUUUUAAUUAAGAAUGGUAUUCAAAUUGGUUACUCCGAGAUGUUUAUUAAAUUUGAGAAUAUUUGUUUAAUGCACCUUUUGCUUUACUCUGUUUUUUCUUUCAUCCUUUUGAUGUGCAUUUUGGCUUACAUGAUACACUACCGAAACCGGCACCAGGGGAAGCUCUACCUCAGGAGGGGAAGCGCCCAUCAAGUCUGGCGAAGUGGACAAAGCGGGCGAAGCGGACGAAGCGGGCGAAGCGGACAAAGCGGGCGAAGUGGACAAAGCGGACAAAGCGGAUGCAGUGACGGAGACUGCUUCAUGCUGGAGCUGACCGGCGGCGCCCCCGAGCAGGAUCGGCAGAACCAGCAGAACCAGCAGCACCUGCAGCACCAGCACCACCUGCAGAGUGAGACGAGCGAGACCAGCCAAACGCGUGAAGCGCCCCAACCGAGUCAGAAGCAGAAGAGGCAGGCACCACUGCGCGCUGCGAGGGACACCCAAUUCGGGCGCCGCCGCCCCGCGGGGCAGCAGGACCACUCCAGCGCGGCCCCCCCCACCGACUGCUACCUAGUGAUCAAAAAUGUGAACAAGACAUACGGCCGAAAGCAUGUGCUGAAAAACGUUUCGCUUACCCUACGCAGCAAUCGGAUAUUCGUCCUGCUGGGGGAAAACGGCUCGGGGAAGUCCACCCUCAUUAACAUCAUAACGGAGAUGAUCACAAAGGACGGGGGGGAAAUACACUUCGUCAAGAGAGGUGGAAGAAACAGCCUAGGAAUCACCGACAACCGACGCUACAAAGGACCUACCUCCUCCCUUCAGAAGCUCAUGGGGAGAAGAAGCUCCCAUCAAAUCAAUCACGAAAUAGAAAUCAGCUACUGCAGCCAAAACGUAAUCCUAUACGAUAACCUCACCUUCUACGAAACCAUCGUCAUAUUCCUCCUGUACUACAACAAAAAUGUAGAAAAAUUUCUGAAGAAAAAAAGGACUCGUAAAAUUAUGAACGAUUUAGAUUUAGAAAAAUAUCUCAAUCAUAAAAUUAAAAACUUGAUUGAUGAUGUAAAGAAAAAAAUUUCAAUUUUUAUUUGUUUUCUCGUGAAGAGGGACGUAUAUAUUUUGGAUGAGCCAUUCAUUGCUUUGGAUAUUAAGACCAAGACCAAGCUUUUUAAAUUUUUUGAAAAAAUAAAAAAAAUAAUAUAAAUGGGGGAGCACAUCCAAAAUGGGGGUAACCACGUGGGGAGCAACCCCAAUGCAGGCAGCCUGUUCGACUUCCUAACAGACCCCACUGCAUCGAGUAACACCCCUGAGACGAUCAAACAGAAUAUUAUCCAAUUGGUAAAAAGUGUGAGAGAAGAAAAUAAAACAUGCUUCAUAUUUUUCAACUCGAGUCACAUGUACUGUACAUACAAGAUAAACGAGACAGAGUCACUAAAGAAACUGCUCUACGUCUUAAAACGGUUUAGACAUAUACUUACGUACGAGCUAAAAACAAUAGACAUUUACUACACGUAUAUUUAUAUUUACACAUAUCAUGAGAAGAAAAAGCUUUUGAAAAGCAUUCAAGAUAGAGAUCUUCGAAAUUUGAUUAAGAUGGAUCCUCUUUUUUAUCUUUUUUUUGAUAAUGUUAGAUAUUUUAAUGAGUUGAAUAGCAAGCUGUCCCUUUUGGAUCAUCCUCCUCCUCCUGGGGGGGGUAGAUUUGGUUCCCCUGAUUUGGGCUACUUGAGGGAUAUCUUUUUAAGGGGGAGGAGUGGCACAGGCGGGAAGGGGGCAGACCAGGUGGAGGAGCCUAACUACGCCGCGAAAGAGAAGCCUAACUAUGCCGCGAAUGUGAAGUCUAACCGCACCGCUCAAACGAAGCCUAACUAUGCCUCGAACGCGAAGCCUAACUAUGCCGAGAACAAAAAAGCGCCCCACCUGGCCAGGCGCCUGGCCAACUUCCUCUCCACGUACGUCAAGCCGACCCUCUUCCUAAAGCUAAAGAAGGACCUCUGUAACACCAGCUUCUACUGGUACAAGUUCCUGGUGCCGAUUUUUCUCCUUUCCUUCGGCUUGCUCAUAAUCAAGUGUGUCUCUCUCUUUGGGAAAAUUGAAAACAUACAGUUGGAUUACUCCACCAUUUCUUCGAACCAUUUGAAGACAAGCACACUCAACUACCACAUUAUUUACACCUCGGAGGUGAAGGUCACCUCCAAAUGGGCCAACCAAUGGCAGGAAAGAAAGUGGAAAAACAAACAGGUGAAUCCAAUGAAGCAGAUAAAGAAUGUCACCCCGUUGCAAAAUGGAAAACGAAGCAGGAGCGACAACCCCGUCCACUUGGCAGGAAGCUCUUUUAACUACUACAACAGCACGAUAAACUCCCUUUUGGAGAAGUAUUGCAUAAACGAGAAAAUUAACUACAUUGACGAACUGAUAAAUGAAAACAAUUUGUAUGAACACGUUCAUAAUUAUUUGGAGAAGAGGUCAACACAGGAUAAAGAUAUUUCUUUGGGCACCUAUAUAUUUCAAAUUAAUGAGAAGCAGAUCCAUCACGGAGACAUGGAUUACACCACAGAUGUGGAAGUUAACGUGAACCUAUUUUGCAACUACACUUCGAUACACUCGUAUGCAUACUACACCAACUCGGCGUUUAACAUUCUGGCAGAAUUUCAGAGAGGAAUGCAGCACUCGGGUGGGGCGAGGCGCAACGCGAACCAAAUCGACGUGAUCAACGAGCCGUUCCCAAUCAAAUUCCACGAGUACUUCCUACGUGACUUCUACAUCAACAUGUACGUCUUCCUCUCCAUUGUUAUCUUUUUUUGUGUCUUCUUUGAAAAGCUACGUAACGAAAUAGACUACAGAAAAAUUUUCGAAAAUUUCCAUGUACAUAAAUAUGUGCAUUAUUUGCAAAUUCUUCUUCUCGAAUACAUGUACUAUCUGAUUUAUAUCCUUCUCCUGUUUGUCAUUCUUUACGUGUUUCAGUAUCGCGAGUUUGUUCUUCCUUCUUUUUUUCUAUUCCUAAUGCUGUACGGGUUCAACACGUUCCUUUCCAUCUCUCUCUUUUCUUCUCUCUACCUGCACAGUUAUAUCCUCUUUGUAUUUGUUAAUUUUAUUUUUUGUGGUAUUAUUAGUAUAGUCAUUUAUGUCUUGGUCAUCCUAUCCUAUGCCUACAACAACGAAGUGUUAAUGAACCUAUCGCACAUCUUCGUUUGCAUUUUUCGUAUUCUUGAUUCUUUUUCUCUUUCCCAUGUGCUCAAUAUUAGAAGUUUAUGUUUGAAUAUGAGACGUCACAUGCAGCAGAUUGAUGAAGACCUAAUCAGCGACACCUCCAGGAGUAGGAGCUACUUUGAAGAGCAGACACAUCGAGGGUACCUAUACGGAAGUUAUCGAGAUAGAUUAUCCUCCUCACUUGGAGGGGAACAGGCACUGGGUGAUGGAAUGCUCACAUCCGAGGCUCUUAAAGGAUUCUGCAGUGACUCCAACUCGUUCUUUAACACCACGGGGGAUUUUCUCUUCCUCAUCGUCAACUGUGCGUUGUACCUCCUGGUGCUGUUUUACAAGCUGUACAGCCUCAACCGGCAUGCGGGGAGGGAAGCGGUGAGCGAAGCGGUGAGUGAUGCGGUGAGUGAUACGCGGAGCGACACGGUGAGCGAUACGCGGAGCGGUAGAAGAAGAGAACCCAGAAACCAAUUGCCAAGUGACCUGCAGAGCAGCAUCGAUGGUGAAUCGAGUGACAGCGCGGGAAGGCCCCGAUCCACGCAGAAGUACGCCUUCGCAGUGAGACACUUCUACCUCACGAACAGCGAGUACAAGCGGGAAGAACGCACAGAGAAGAAAGGCUUCUUCAAACUGCUCACAUGGGCAAGCAGGAUUUUUAGGUUUCCCCAAAGAACCGUCGCCACAGAUACGUAUAGGAAAUUCGACGAGGAAAUGUCCGAGGCGGGCACCAAAGCAACUUUCGCGAUACCCGAUGGGAAAGGUAAAGAAGCAUCAACGGGGGAGGGAUCAUCCGAUGGGGGAACCCACAGCAGGGAAAGCAGUUCAGAUGGGAACCACCCCCCCCAGGAACACACGAGUGGAGGCCUUCACGCAGACCAGAAGUACAUCCUCAAAGAUAUCAACGUCAAAAUGAAGCCCUACAAGAUAUACACCUUUUCCUCUAUAUUUAACAACGACCUGAAUGUGCUAUACUUUUUCAAGUUUUUUUUCGCCAACGGGGAAGGAAGGAGAAAAAAGCGCAUCGAUGGACGACACUGUGUGGGUGGCUUCAGACGUGGUAACCUCACAGGGGACUACUUCUCACGUGGUGACCGCACAGGUGGCUACUUCUCACAUGGUGACCCCUCACAUGGUGACGGGAGGGAGGGCCCUCGAGAAGCCUUCGCCGAGGCGACGCACACAGAAGACGAAAGCGAUUACAAAAUCGUCCUUAUCCCAAACAUGACAAUAUAUGAACACAUAAAAAUAAUAUUAACAUACAAAAAAAUUGCUCUCAGUAAUGAGGAGCUUAUGUAUAUUAUUCACUUGCUGAUGCUGACUGUCAAUCUGCGUUGUGAUGUACAUAUAAAAUGCAACGAACUGAGUGGAGGUAUGAAGAAAAAAGUGGAGUUAAUCAUCAACCUGCUUCGAAACGAACGAAUUAUUUUCCUCUACAAGCUAAAUGACAAUAUCGACUUUUGCUCGCAAAUUUAUAUAAAUCUCAUUUUGAAGAAUGUACUGUCGAUGAACGAGAAGGGAGAUCGAGAAGGGGAAGACGAGAACAAAAUGGACUAUCUACUCAGGGGAGAGACAUCUCAAUGGAUCAGUCGCCAUUCUGGAGGAACAAACAGUAAAGUGAACAGCCCAGUUGACAUAAUCUUCACACGAGAUAAAAAAAAAACGGAGGAGUGUCCCAUAUCAUCCAACAUCCAAAGUGUUAACGAAGGAAUAAUUAAUGCAUUCAUAAAGGACCAUAUAUUGAAGAUAAAAUUUGUGCCAAGAAAUUUUGCAAUUUACACACAUAUAUAUACAGAUAUUUUUUAUUAUGACUAUCUGUACUUGUUUAAUCAGAAUGAAAUUACUUAUGAGAGUUGCACGAAGAGUAUGAUACGGAGCUUCCAGGACCAUUACUCCUUUCAAGUGAAGCUGAAGGGGAUUGACCAUGCUAAGGUUAAUGAAUACAUAAAGGUUUUUUUCUGUACGAAUAAGCGCGCGUGCCUUAGGUUUUGCAAAGUGAUGCGGGCGCUCGCGGAGCGUGGCCGAGGGCGUAGCAGCAACUGUGGCGGCAACAGUAGCGUCAACCGCAGCAUCAACCGAAGAAAUCGCGGCAACCGAAGCAACCGCAACAGCGACAGCGACAGUGACGACCGCCGCAACCGCCGCAACCACCGCGACCACCGCGACCACGCCGCCAUCUCCUUCGUCGAGCAAAACUCCAAAAGAAACGCACUCAACCUGUACAACCUCUUCUGCAUUUUCAAAACAGUCAAGAGAAGCACAAACAACCUCCUGCCCCACCGCCAGAAAAAAAAAAUAAAAAUAACUUACUCAGUCUCACCAAGUUUCACAGAGUACUCCUCAACCUCAUAA